AUGAAGGGAAUUGUUAGGGCGCACCUUGCUGAGGACGCACCCUUCGCUGUCGCCAUUGGGGCCUCCAUUCUAGUCUCACUCGCCUUCCCGGUCCGUAAUGAUCCUGACGAGGGCACGGAGGAUGAUGAUUUCGGUGGGAUUGAUUUCACGGACACGAGGUUUGGGGUGAUGGGGAUCUUAAGCGUAAUCCCUUACUUCAAUUGGAUGGUAAGGCACCAUUGACCUAGCUAUUCUAUCCUUCUGAUUCAGUUUGCUUCUCUUCUUUUGCUGAUAACGGUUAAUCAUGUGUCUCUUUUCCUCUCCCCGUCUGCUUAUUAAUAGAGCUGGAUUUUCGCAUGGCUAGAUACUGGCCGGCAACGCUACCUGGUCUAUUCAAUCGUGUACCUGGCUCCCUACAUAAGGUUAAGGAUUUAAAAUGUUUUUACUGGGGUAUAUUAUACAGAUGAUGGACUUGUUUUAAACUAACCGAGGCCUCUUAUUCAUGACCACAUCUUUUUUUUCCUGCGUAAUGAUCAUCUUCUGAGACAUGUGAGACUAAAUUAAUGCUCAGCUUCUAGUAUGGUGUGAUUGUGUCUCAUCUCUAUUUAGCCUUAUAUUCAAUCCCUUCGUCUGGUAGUUCACAUUAUUUUCCCUAAAUAAGCCAUCGGCUCUUGUUACUCCUUUCAAUAAAAGACGUAGAACGUGGACAAUACUUCCAUCACAUUUGCUAGAGUUUGCUGGUUCAUAGUUUUCUUGUCCAAAAAAAUGUAUCGCCCAGCAUUAUGAAUCUUACACAUUACUGACAUUUGUUUUCAGCUUUAGGCAGCUCCUAUUUGAACGUGGGUAUGCCGAUAGGCCAAGCUUAGUCCAGACAUGACAUAAUCAAGCCCGAUAGAAAAGAACAAGCUCAAACUCAGUCCAAUUCCCUUUCAAUAAAAUCAUUCCAAGUUUGGUUACUUCGGGCCGUUUAAUAUAUUCAUAUUUUUCUCUGUUCUUUGUUUUUGUUCAUAGUCACUUGGGAUUCAAUGCACACUUCUGAUAGGAUUAAUGUGGGAAGCUGUAGUUGUUAAAUUAGAUUUAGUAGCUGCUGUGAUCAGACCCAACACCAUAAAAUGAAUGGGCUGAAAGUUUUUCUUUUCUAAAUCUCAGCGAAAACUUGAAUGGGUUCAUAUGUACCGCCCAUGCCCCUUUCUUGAUCAUUUGCAAAGUUUGACGAAUCUAGAAUGCUAUUGUUGGCAGUAAACCAUUCAGUUCCUCGGAUUUUCUUUUGUCUGCUUUGCUGUACGAACACAAUGGAGAUUCCGUGCCCUAGAAUAGUUUGUUUUUAUUGAAAGUUGCGGCUAUAUUGAGACAUCUGCAUUUUUAACUAACAUCUCUUAUCUAUGAAACCAAUGCUGAUUUGAUGAGGCUUGCCUACAAUAAUAAAAAGUUCUUUGGAUCUUUUUAAAUGUAUACCUCGUGAAAAAGACUUGUUGGCUUCCAAACAUAAAAAAACUCUUUGUGAUUCCACGCAAAAGCAAGUGCAACCGGGAAAAUCUAGUGAGGGCAGAAGUUCCUUACCAGUUGCAGUUUGCCUUCUGCAAAAUCUGUGCCGCUGCUCUGAUCUUUUACCGAGUUUCUUUCUUCCUCACGUUAUGGACUCUAAAGUCUAAUAGACAGAAUGUUGCCUUCUUAGUUGCCAUAUCUUAGAGAAGAAGUCAUUCAAGAAAAUCAAGCAGAAUUUAGUUUAGAGCGGCUCACUGAUAAAUCAUGACUAUAGAAGUGGGAAAAUGCUGUCUAUAUAGACGACCUAAGCCAAACUUUUUGCCUUUGACCUGUGAUAGAAAAGUUAGUAGGGAAACAUCAGUGUGUUGAUCACUGUUUUCUGGAUCUCUUUUAUUAGCUUCUGUUCUCCUUACCGCACUUAGCUGCUCCAUUACCUAGGAAUGGAUCAGAAAGAAUACAUAUAUAUCCUCUUUCAAUAAUGUCUUUCCGUUACCUCUAAUGCAUAAAAAUUGGCCUUAUGCUUCGAUUCCUACAACUCUGUGCCAAUCGAUGGAAUCCGCCCUACUCUAUAGCAACCCCAGCUUAAUUUCCACAAUCCAUUUGACGUCAAAACUGGGUCUCUGUCUUCACCCAAAUGAUCUAUCAAUCUUCUCCCAUCAUGAUCGUUCCUUUAUUUACAGGACAAAUUUGUCAAUCUCCCCGGACGACAGCUGGUUGCCUAUUUUCAGCAUUCUUGCCUGCAUCUUCCACGUUCAGGUACAGCUUUGGUGACUCCAUCUCCACCCUGAAUCACUAAUUUAUGUCAUAAAUCCCGGUAAUGUUUUCAUUGAUAGCUGGAAGCAAGCAUAAGGAAUGGAGACAUCAACGGCAUUCCACUGCUGGACAAAGCCGUAAAAUACCUCUUCCCGGCAAAAAAGAAGGAUGCCGAUGACACCUGGAGAAGAUGUAACUUUCUUCCACCCCUCUACCUGCUGCGUGUAUUGGAUUGGAUCAAGUUCAAACAGUAACUGUCCUUCGUGCAGGAAUUGUCAAGAUAUGGACUUGCAGGGAGCGAAGCCCUGAAGAGAUUGGUGGAUCAUCUGAGACAUCCGAACAAUUAA